AUGGCAACACCAGUAGCCGUUGGGGCUUCAACACCACCGCCGAAAAAGACACAAUCGGAAGCCUCACUGUCACUAUCAAUGUCCUCCAAAUACCUGCCGCCAGUCCGCCUGCCUGAGCCAUGGAAAACGACGUACGAUAUUCGCGUCUUGUCGGAGACAGACAAUCUUCCUGUCCUCAGCCUUGCACUCGCCGAGACUCAAUUACCCAAUGCAAGGCUGCCUCCAGACCAACUGCACAAUGACAGCCUGACGUUCAGCGACCUGACAACCGAACCAGACGCCUUUGUCCCAGCGGCAGGCGACAACUCGGCAUGGGCGCGAUUUCACCAGACGCCGAUAUCCUAUGUGUCGUGGGGCGAAGUGCCUGCCACAGUCGGCCAGAUCUGGAACAUCAUACACGCCUUCGUCACACUGUAUCCGGACCUAGAAUCAUUCCGCCUGGAGCUGGUUGGAAGCGACAAUGACAGCGCCCAGCUAUUGUCCGAAACCCUCCAAGCCACUGGCAUUGCGACAGCACGACCGACACCGUCGCGACCAGAACAUACGGCGCGAGACCUACCAGAAGGUCGUUCCCAGAUCUGGAUAUCACGCUCGGCAUUCUGGCAAGGGGCGGCCUCGCCGUUCGGCACACGACCGGUAUGGGUGGCCCAUCCGGAUCUCUACAGCCAUCUAUCAGGCUCCGCGUCGUUCACGUCGUCCUAUCCGGCUUUCCCCUACGAGCAUACAGUGACAUUCAGCCCUGAGGGGCGCCCAGUGCACGCACAACAUCCAAUCCGGCCGCCGAAGCCAACUCGCGGCUCCAUCAUCUACAGCCGUUACGUGCCUCACUUGGACGAGUUCUUCUCCAUGGUUCAUCUAGACUGGCGGGACGAGACGCACCUGCAGCUGUUCCAUGUCUGGCAGAACGACCCGCGCGUGUCACAGGGCUGGAACGAGACGGGCACGCUGGACCAGCACCGUGAAUAUCUGCGCAAGAUUGACGAAGAUCCGCAUCAGAUGGCCAUUCUGGCGAAAUUCAACGAUACUUUUUUCGCCUAUUUCGAGAUCUACUGGGCAAAGGAGGAUCAUAUGGGCGUCUAUAUCUCUCCCUCCCCGGGAGACUGGGACCGCGGAAGACACUCGCUGGUCGGCGAUGUACGGUAUAGAGGCCCCCACCGCGCUUCGGCAUGGUGGUCUAGCCUGAUACACUACCUGUUCCUUGACGAGCCGCGAACCAUGACAAUCGUCGGAGAGCCCAAAUACACCAAUGCCAAUGUCCUGGGCUACGAUGCUGCCAAUGGGUUCCAUAUCCAUAAAGUCGCCGACCUGCCGCAUAAGCGGUCCGCCAUUGUCAGAUGUGAGCGUGUUCGGUUCUUUCAGUGUGUGGGAUUUGGCUUGCCCGGUGGGAAUGUCAGAAUCUCCGAGGGACCGGGAGGCAAGAAGACUGCAACAGGUCCUGAAAAGAAGGCGGCUGCGAAGCUCUGA